AUAACUUUAGCCGCUGUCAUUGCCCUUGCACCAGGCGUGGUUGGGCAUGCGCUCACGACUCAACUCUGUGCGCUGUGAGGCUGUGUGCAGAUCUCGUGUCUUAGUUAUCACCAGGUGAGAGCUGACUUUGACGACAUUGAAGUCUUCUGCUCAUGCAUUGUGCCGUCAAUCAGUAAAAAUGGUUUCUACGAAUGGCGCCACUAACGGCACAGCCUUUCAAUUCUCCGCGAAGAAUCUUCCCAAACAAUUGUUCAUCAACAAUGAAUAUGUUGCCUCGAAGGGCAACAAGACAACACCGGUGUACAACCCCAAAGAUGAAUCCUUGGUAGCUGAUGAUGUCCCUGUCUCCAACGAGGCCGAUGUUGAGGCCGCCAUUUCGGCUGCCGAGAAUGCCUUUCCGAAGUGGAAGAAGUUCAGCGCAGCGGCGCGCAGAGACAUAUUACUCAAGUUUGCAGCCCUCCUUGAGGAGCACACAGAACCCCUGGCAGAACUGACCAGGAUCACAUUGGGCGCUCCAUACGGUGCUUUUGGCAAGUUCGAAGUUGCUUUGGGAGCCGAGGCCUUCAAAUAUAAUGCUGGAUGGAUCGACAAGUUCUGCGGCGAAGCUUACCCGCAAGAAAACGGCUUCAUGCAAAUCACUAGACAUGAGCCUCUUGGUGUCACAGCAGGGAUUGUUCCGUGGAACGGCCCUCUGGCGACAGGCGCUCUCAAAGCAGCCCCAGCGCUGGCCACGGGCAACUGUUUCAUUCUCAAGCCAUCCGAAAAGACUCCCUUCGCUGCACUCGCCUUAGGACCUUUGAUCAAGGAGGCAGGGUUCCCUCCUGGUGUCUUCCAGAUAUUGCCAGGAGACGGAAGUACAGGUGCCAUAAUCUCCAGUCACAUGAAAAUCCGCAAAGUCAGCUUCACAGGCUCCAUACCCACAGGAAAGAAAAUUCAAGAGGCAGCAGCGCGCUCAAACCUGAAGCGAGUUACUCUGGAGCUUGGCGGAAAGUCCCCUGCCGUCAUCUUCGAUGAUUGCAACUUAGACAACACCGUGACGUGGGCCGUCAAUGCCAUUGCGACAAAUACCGGACAAGUGUGCUUUGCGGCGACACGGGUCUACGUCCAGGAAGGCAUCUACGACAAGUUUGUGGAGAGGUACAAGGCAGGUCUGGAGGAGCGGGCCAAAGCAAUCGGUGACCCUGACGAAGAAGGUACACUGAUGGGGCCUCUGGUGGACAAAGAACAGUUUGAGCGUGUCACUGGCUUCCUAGAACGAGGCGCCUCGCAAGGCACGCUGCUCACUGGUGGAAAAAGGGUCGGAGAAAAGGGGUUUUAUGUUCAACCCACGGUCUUUGAAGGCGUGACGUCGGAUCAAGAAAUCUAUAAACAGGAGAUCUUCGGCCCCGUGGCUGUUCUCAACAAGUUCAAGACGGAAGAGGAGGUCCUGGAGAAAGCGAACAGCACCGAAUAUGGGCUCAUGGCAGGUGUUUUUACCCAGGACAUCAACAAAGCGCUUCGCGUUGCAAGCGAGUUCGAUUCUGGCAUGGUCGGGAUCAACUGCAUAAGUCUGACCUUCCUCAACAGCGCAUUCGGUGGAAGCAAGCAGAGUGGUUUGGGCCGAGAAUGUGGCAGAGACGCCCUCGAGGCGUUCACGGAACCGAAAACAAUCAUGAUCAAUAUGACAUAUUGAAUAGAAUAGUAAUGUACAAGAAGUCGG